GUCUGUCUGUCUUUAUCUAUCUAUCUGUCUAUCUGUAUCUAUCUAUCUAGCUGUCUGUCUAUCUCUGUAUCUAUCUAUCUAUCUGUCUGUCUGUCUCUAUCUAUCUAUCUGUCUAUCCAUCUGUCUGUCUAUCUGUAUAUUUGUCUGUCUGUCUUUAUCUAUCUAUCUAGCUGUCUGUCUAUCUCUGUAUCUAUCUAUCUAUCUAUCUGUCUGUCUCUAUCUAUCUAUCUGUCUAUCCAUCUGUCUGUCUAUCUGUAUAUUUGUCUGUCUGUCUUUAUCUAUCUAUCUAUCUAUCUGUCUGUCUAUCGAUCUGUCUGUCUGUCUUUAUCUAUCUAUCUAUCUGUAUCUACCUAUCUGUCUAUAUAUCUGUCUAUCUAACUCUCUAUCUAUCUAUCUGUCUGUCUGUCUGUCUGUCUGUCUGUCCGGCUGUUCUUUGCUGUCUAACAGUGCAGUCCCACGUGGUUCUCCAUCACUGCACAUCAGAGUGGUUGCAAAUCUUGUAUUACCUCAUCUUUAUGCAGCCGCUGUACUUGACUCGAUUUGUAUUCAGUUCAUUUCGCACUCCUCUAACCUAAAUCAUCAUUACAGCCAUUAUAGUCUCCCUUAUCUCCUUUUCCCUUCGGCUCAUUUGUUCUUUUCGGUUUUAAGGCUAAAGGAAAAGGAGCCUGUACAGAAUGUUAAUCAAAGCUGUGACCGGAAUGGAGUGGUCACGUGACCGCGGCCGCGCGUCACAGCGUGUCAAACCUGUCUGCUGAGGCUUAGUGUUAGUGUUAGUGUUAGAGAGGGUCCUGGAACACAUGCGUUACUUGUACGUUUGUACAGUUUGAUCUUGUUCCGGUUUCCUGCACAUGAGUGAGAGCUCGAGUGUGUUGUACGUGGCAGCAGUCUUGUAGCAUGACUUCAGCAGUUCUCGGGUAAAUGAGUGCAGAACAGACGGAGCGCACUUCACAGGACUGAUUAGAGACUAACACUGACUAACUGUGUCCUGUAGGGAAUGGAGCUGUGGCUGAAGAUGUGCUGACAGCGGGCUACUGUUAUAACAUCAUUACACUGCACUAAAAAUAGCUAGCUUGCUAAAACUCCCAGCAUUUCUGUGAAGUUGUUUGGCGAGCUUUCUGCUGCAGUGCUGGUACCGGAACUACACGGAAUGCCGAGAACCGCGAGCAGGGUUCUUUGAUUGGCAGCUGUGAGUGCCGCCCGUGGCCAGGAGGAUGAAGGUGCGCUGGUCCCGGAAGGUAGCUCUUCUGACGAAGGCUGGCUUCUUCCUCUCCAUUCUGUGGCUCUUCUACCUCCUCCUGUUCCGCUCUUCCAACACAGCUCCGGCCGAAGACGGCGGCAAACACAAUGUACAGGCUCGGGACAUCUUUACUCAAGGAGAAGAGGACGCAGAGAUCCUGAAGCGGCCCAUUUAUGUGAAGCCUCCACCUGACCUGAGGGCGCCUGGAGAGUGGGGCAGAGCCGCCCGAAUGAACCUUAACGACGAGGAGAAGAAGCAAGAGCAGGACAGCAUCGAGCGCUACGCCAUCAACAUCUACGUCAGCGACAAGAUAUCGCUCCAUCGCCAUAUUGAGGAUAACAGGAUGCACGAAUGUAGAAGCAAGACGUUUGACAUCCGUCACCUUCCAACCACAUCUGUGAUCAUCGCCUUCUAUAAUGAGGCCUGGUCCACCCUGCUAAGAACCAUUCAUAGUGUACUGGAGACCGCACCUGCUGUCCUGCUGAAAGAAGUCAUUCUCGUUGAUGACCUGAGUGACAGAGGCUAUCUGAAAUCCCAGCUGGAGGAGUACAUUAGCAACCUGGAGCGUGUGCGCCUCAUCCGCACUAGUAAGAGAGAGGGACUGGUCCGAGCUCGGCUUAUCGGUGCCACUUAUGCCACGGGAGAUGUACUCACCUUUCUGGACUGCCACUGUGAGUGUGUGCCCGGCUGGAUCGAGCCUCUGCUAGAAAGAAUUGCUGAGAAGAAGGACACUGUUGUAUGUCCAGUGAUUGACACCAUUGACUGGAACACAUUUGAGUUUUAUAUGCAGACUGAGGAGCCCAUGGUGGGUGGCUUCGACUGGCGGCUUACAUUCCAGUGGCACUCCGUGCCCGAGGUGGACCGCAAAAGACGGAAAUCCCGAACAGACCCCAUUAGAUCUCCCACCAUGGCCGGGGGCCUGUUUGCCGUAAGCAAGGCCUACUUUGAAUAUCUGGGCACUUAUGACACAGGCAUGGAGGUAUGGGGAGGAGAGAAUCUAGAGCUUUCCUUCAGGGUUUGGCAGUGUGGAGGCUCACUGGAGAUUCACCCCUGUUCCCAUGUGGGUCAUGUCUUUCCUAAGAAGGCACCGUAUGCCAGGCCGAAGUUUCUCCAGAACACGGUGCGAGCUGCUGAGGUCUGGAUGGACUCUUACAAGGAGCUUUUCUAUAACCGCAACCCUCCUGCUCGUAAGGAAACGUACGGGGACAUUUCAGACAGGAUUCUUUUACGAGAGCGGCUAAAGUGCAGGAACUUUGACUGGUAUCUAAAGAACAUCUACCCGGAUCUGCAUGUGCCUGAGGACAGACCUUACUGGCACGGAGCUGUGCGUAGUGGUGGGAUUCCGUCUGAGUGUCUGGACUACAACGCUCCAGACCACAAUCCCACAGGGGCUCACCUGUCUCUGUUCGGCUGCCAUGGACAAGGUGGGAAUCAGUAUUUCGAGUACACUUCGUAUAAAGAAAUCCGCUUUAACUCCGUAACUGAGCUAUGUGCGGAGUACAUAGCCGGCCAGAAACAAAUCAGAAUGAAACACUGUCCUCACGACGGAGAGCCAGUUCCUUCCACCCUCGUCUGGGAGUUCAGAGACGACGGAACGAUCUAUCACCCUCUGUCAGACAAGUGCAUGAGCGCGUACCGUACAGCAGAGGGCCGGACCGACGUGCACAUGCAAAAAUGCUCUGCUGAAGCCACGGACCAGCAAUGGAAGUUUGAAUGAUUGCGAUUUCCACAUUACAUCGAAUUCAAGAAGUGCAUUUCACACGAAGUCCGAGCACCAAUUCAGCAGCUUGUUCGAGGAGUCAGUAAUUCUGGUCCUGUUUUGCACUGUAACUCUGACUGGGUUGGAGUGGAAUUAAGAGGUACUAAAACUAACUAUGGAAAUACAAAGCGACUACUUCAGUUGCUCAGAAAGAAUUUGAAUUUGAAUUGUUGUUCACCGACAAAAAUGUGGAAGGCCUGUGGUUUGUUGACGACAGGCUGUGUCCUGUGCCUUUGAAAACCAAAGGUGAUGGAGUCUAUUUUUAUUGUAUUAUUUUUCCUCUGUUUUAUCCGGUUUCUUGAAAAGGAUGUACAGUAGCAAUACGGGGAAGGAAAUAGAGUAGUGUUGGAACACUAUUUGUGUUUACACGAUUGCACUAUGUAUUGAUACUUCAGCAGAACAGUGAGACGUGACUAGAUGGUCAAAGCUCAGCUUUUGUAUUUAUAAAAGUUUAUUUUUAGGUGAUACUUAUUUCACAGAGUGGUAAGAACCUGUUUAGCUUUCUGCAUUCUUUCUUCCUUCUCUAUUCAUGACAUUCUAGACAAGACUUUUAAAACAAACAAACAAAAAAAAAACCAUGUUGAUGUUUGUACCUAUUGUACCUGUUGAGAUCUUUCCGUUAUGUUGUCGGUUUGUUUUCUUGUAACCUCCACAAACAUGUUCUGCACCAACACACUGUGCCUUGUUGCUGUGAUCUCAACUGCGAAAUCACUCAAGCUGACUUAAUAGAUGACGUUUUUUCCCCCAGUUGAGUUUCAGUUGAGAAGCUGAUCGUGGAGGCCAAACUUUAAGAUGUCAAUAGACUUAUGAAGAAGAAUAUUCCUAAAUCAAACCACUGUGCCUUAGAUAGGAAGCUAGGAAGAAAAUGAUCGUAUGAUGAUGGUAAUAUAAAGAUCUCAUAAUGUGUUAAAAUGCAGUGAGAUCUUUGUUCAGUAGAAUUGAUGCACGAUUGUGUGAACAUGUCCACAGAAAACUGUGCCUGUGUCAUGCCAUCCUGGCCACUUUCUUUAUUCAAGUGUCUGUUUUCAUGUUUUGGGUGUAACGUAACUCAAUAGUCAGGCGUUUUCUUAAACGUUAGCCAAAGGAAAACAUUUAAACUGCUGUUAGUCAUUUUCUUUCUGAAGUCUUACAGAUGUCAAAAUAACACUGUAUAAUUUUAUGUUUGAAGUAAAAUAUUUUCACUUAGGAAUAGCAGGAGCGCAGUUACAGGACCAGUCUGAAAUUCCAUGGAUAUUACAAUACACCGUGGCCUUAAAAACUGUACAUCAUGGACUUUCUUUCGGCUAUUCUCAUUUGCGAAUAUUAAUCAGUCGUUUCUGGCGAUGAAUCCGGUUUAUGUUUCUAGAUGUUUAUGUAUAAACAUGGUAUAAAGGGACCUUUAUGUUAUGGUGUAAAUGAAUAUUUUAAAACUACUGAUUAAUCACAAAUUGUGGUGAUUGCCUUCUGUACCAUACAGUACAAUAAUGACAUUAUAUUUAUUGUACUGAAUCGGCCGUUUUAACCCGACGACCAGUACGAUUUGAAUGGAUCAAAUUUGUUAUUUUUGAACCAAUGAAAGUUGGUUGGAAUUUUGAACCGAUUUUAGGCAUCAUAAAAACAAGAACCAUGUCCAGUGUGUGGUCUCUUUCUGUACUCUGUUGCAGUGCCAUCUUGUGGUAAACAUUAAAUUAUUGCCAUGUGAUUCAAUAUGACAUGAUUUGAGCAUGAUUCUGGAUAAAUGACAUCUUCUGCGUGUUUUUAAAAGACACCACAUUCGGUGUGUAGUGUAGCAUAGUUUACUAGCCUCGGUCACUUUUACAAUAAGAGUACUAAACCAUCCGGCACUCAGAUCACUCUUUCAUCUGUUAUAAGUCAUCAGUUACUGAUUUUAAUUUGGAUAAACGUUUUGUUCCACACAUGAUGUUUGUUGUGUAUAUUGAUGAUAAAAAAUGACAACCUCAAGUUGAGUACAUUUUCAGCCAGCAAGACCGUUUGCACACACGUAAAGUUUGUCUACUGAAGUGAAAAUGCAUAUUCAGGUCACGUUUUAAAAGCCGUUCAUUCAUUUCUUAGGCCAAUACAAGAAAAAGGCAACACUGUGCAAUCCGUAAUACCGCAAAUGACAUCAAGCUGAAAGUGAGUGUGCCAACAUGUUUUGCAUGAUUGAUACAGUAUGUCUAAUACUCCUAUCAGUUCCAGUCAUCUUCUCCUGACAUUCAGCCUAGACCAAAUGGAUGACAACAACAUGAGAGGUUGUACCUUUCUGUCUGCAAAAGAAACCAGCACCCUGAUCAGGAAUAAUAGAAAAAUCUCACAACGGCGCGUUCACAGACUCACGGUGACUGUAAAAAAUAACUCCUGUUACCAGUGACGGCUGGCCGUCUAAUAUCACUCAGCAGCUUGACAACAGACUAUUAGGGCUGAGCAAUGCAUUAUAUUACAGGGUCUAAUUGAUGACUUAGUAAGAACAUUCUGGGGCAAAAUAUUAAAGCGGAUAGGUAGCUGCAUUCAGGACUUUUAGCAUUUUAUUUAUUUAUUUUAUUUUUUUUUAAAAAAAGACCUGUUUAAAUUCUGUAACGGUCUACUGGAGGUUUCCUCUGAAUACCAAACUAGAAAAUUAGAAAAGUUGUAACGUUAACUAAUCAGUUCUGUCAUCUGUCAUCGUUUGUGUCAUUUGUACUUGGACAGUGUGUACUUUAGUCUAUCUACUUCUCAUU